AUGGCAGAAUUAUUUCCCCCCACCUUGAUGUGGCUAGAGGCUCUUGAUCUUGUUCUUGAAUGCAUCUCAGAAUCAAGUUUGGAUUUUGGGAAAAUUGUUGCUGUUACCGGUCGUAUUGGACAGCAACAUGGUGAUGUUUAUUGGAAGAAAGGAAGUUCCGUGAUAUUAUCUUCAUUGAACCCAAAAGAGAGAGAGGUUGGUGGGUCAAUUUGGUAG